GCCGGCGCUCAGACCUGAGAGGUGCGCGCGCCUGUCGUCGCUGGUAGAGUUGGGUCCCGCCGCCCCGGUCCGGCCCGUCCCCCCCGCGCGUGCAGCUCGCGUGCCGCCGCCCCGAGGUGUUCGGGGUAGGGGACCGAGAACCCCGGGCUCCUGCGGCACGGUGGCCGGCGGCCGCUGGCGGAGAUGCCUGGGAAGAGGACGCGUAAGAGCGCGCAGCCGAGCCCCGCGCGGGCCCCGGCAGAGCCCGAAGUGGAAUGUGCCAUGCAGCUCCGGAGAUUUGGAGACAAACUGAAUUUCCGACAGAAGCUUAUGAAUCUGAUAUCCAAACUCUUCCGCUCGGGAACCUGACUGCUUUGGGAGCUUUCGAAUGAGGAGAUGGCUUUGAGAUGGAAGGUUCCCCAGUGGAUGCAAAUUUCAUCAGUUAGAAGAGACUGCCUUGUAAUGGAGGUUGUGAGGGAGAUCUCACUUGCUUUGGAUGCCCUUGGAAACCAGGAUGGGAUACAUCCAAGAGGAUUUCUGUCGGGGAUUUCCCAGAAGUCAUUUUUCUGGGGCUCGGGAGAACGUUAUAAGACCACUUUGUUUAUUUGUAAAGCAAGAAUGGAGGAACUGUGCAACAUAAGGAAUGAAUUACUUAUACCUUGAGUUUUUACUUCGAAAAUUAUUCUGGUAUGUGUGCUGAAGGUUGCUGCCCAGGGGUGCUGGCAAACGGAUAACGGUGGGCAGGGGCAAGAAAGAGCGAAUGUUCAGUGUUGGUUUUCACUUUUGGAAGACAGAAAAGUGCUGUAUAGUAUUCAGUUUAUAUAUUACCUUGUUAAAAGUAAAGAUUUCAUUCUGGAAACACAAUGUCAUGGCGAGUGUUGAUCCCGUAGGUCACUACAAAAUAUAGGGUAAUUUGAAAGCUUUUUCCUUUUGACUCGAAAUGUAUUGCUUCUGUUCGGAUGACCCUUCAUUGAAUUAUGUUCCUCUGAAUCUUCGCUGGAAAGUCUGUACUUGGGAAGAAAUGUGAUAGAGAUGUUAUAUGGUGCCAGUAAGAUUCUUACCGGUUAGGAUGUUACAACAUAAAGAACGCGGGAAUUUGCAUACUGAGAAAUAAUGGGGGAAAAAGCAAUUUAGGCUUUCUACUGCUGUAAUUAAAACUUAGUGAAACAAAAAUUCUCAAGUAACUUGAUAGGAAAAUGAAUGUAUUUCUAAAGAAGUUUUGAAAAUCUGUAAGUUGCCUUUUCUCAUACUAGUCAGUGUACCUCUUGCAAGAAGUGGUUCUUUAAAAGAAAUUAAGCAUGUUUUACAUAGGAUAUACUUUUUUAAAAAAAGAAUGGAUUGCUCAUCCAGAAUGGAAAUCUCAUCUAUAUGUGUAAUUUGCAUUAUAAUAAUAUGUAGGUUCAUGAGAUAUGAAAUAUGAAAUAAUAUGUAGGUUCAUCUAUAUGUGUAAUUUGCAUUAUAAUAAUAUGCAGGUUCAUGAAAGGUAUCAUGAAUUCCCCCCUUUUAUUGUUAGAAGGCCAGACUACCGACAAAGCCCCCAAAUACAUAAAAAAGAAAUAAUAAUGUCAUGAUUGAAUUUCAGCAAGAAUGAUCUUAUUUAUUUUACCUAUUUAUAAUUAAAAUAUUUUGUUCAGUUUCAAAGCGUAUUCGUUAAAGUUACAUUUUUAGAUUGUGAGACCAGGCUUUCCAUAAGUACUUGAACAGUAAGAAUGUUUUCAUGAUAGGCUGUAGUCACUUUAGAUGAAAAAUUACCUCAGUAUCUGUUUUUCUGCAGUGUUACUUAAGGCUGUUAGUUUAUUUCGUGGCAACGAUGUUUUUUGAUCUGUCUGGAGGCAGAUCUUUUGCCCUAUGGAUAUUUAUGGUCUGUAAUUGUAUUUAUACAGGUAAAACUUUAUACUGUAGCUGUAAACUAUUAAAGAUUAUCACCAGUC